AUGGCGCCAAAGAAGGUGGCAGACAAGACAAUUGCCGCCGAGCUGACAAGUGUGGUCGACCAAAUCUACAAUGGUCCCGACCGCGACAAGCUCUCCGUCAAUUACGCCCGCGAACUGGUCGAGGAGAAACUUGGUCUGGACAAGGGCUUCUUGAAAGAGGGCCAGUGGAAGGCCAGGAGCAAAGAAAUCAUUCGCGCCGCUUUGAAUGUCGAAUCCGAACCUGAACCCUCCCCUCAGCCCCCGAAGCGCAAGGCGAAGCAGCAGCCAAAGAACGGUGCCCCCGCCAAGCGAGCAAAGAAAAGCCCCUCCCCCGCCCCAGAGGCAGACGUGCCUUCUGAGUCCGGCGACGUCGACGAUGCCAGUGAAGCCUCGGAGCAGCCGGCCAAGAAACGGAAGCUCGCGAAGCCGUCCAAGAAGAGGAGGGUAGUUUCGGACGACGAUGACGAAGCCAGCGACGCAAGCGCCAAGGAACCAGAACCUGCCAAGAAGAAAGCUCAGAAAGACAGGGAAGAGAUGCCUGCAAAAGGCGAUGCGACAGUCACAGCGAAGGACGAUUCGAGUGAGCUCUCUGAAAUUAAGAGUGUGCCGGAGAGCGCCGACAAGAUUCCAGACAGCGACGACGAAUUGUCCGACGUGAUCGACGAACCGCCGAAAAGGAAACAAAAAGCACAAGCCAAGCCCAAGGCAGCCGAGAAGCCUAAACCUGUGGUUGUCGCAAAAGAGGAUGGCAAUGAGUCCUCUAGUUCCCUCUCAUCUGUUAUCGAUGAUGGACCUCCAAUCAAGCGCAAGGGAAAGGGCUCCGCAGCACCGAAAGCCCCAGCAGCGCGUAAGACCAAGGCGGCAGCUACCGAGGCCUCACCGGAUGAAGCUACGAUCAAGCAACUGCAGGGUCAACUUUUAAAGUGCGGCGUCCGUAAAGUCUGGGCGUUUGAGUUCAAGAAAGGCGGACAGACGACACCCAAGGCCAAGAUCAACCGUCUCAAGGAGAUGCUUACUGAAAUCGGAAUGACUGGUCGCUUUUCAGAGGCCAGAGCUAAGGAGAUCAAGAUGCAGCGGGAGUUGAUGGCUGACCUGGACGCUGUUAAGCAGUGGGACCAGACCUUUGGUGUUGCUGAUGGCGGCCGGCGUUCGAGGCGAGGCGCUCCUGUCAAGAGCUUCAGGGAGCCUAGCAUCAGUGGCGAUGAUGAGGCUGAGAAUGAUGAUCAGGAAGAUGAAGAUGGUGAGGAGAGCGACGAGGAGGUCAGCGAUGCUGCCGAGUCCAGUGAGUCCAGCGAUGAUAAUGGCGCAAGCGAGGACAGUGAGGAGGAGGAGAAGCCAAAGAAAGGCAAGGGAAAGGGGGCCACCAAACGGAGGGCUGUAUCCGAUGAGGAGUGUGACUCGGACUAA